AUGCGCGAUGACGUCAUCGCAAAUUUCUCAGAGUGCUGCUCUAAGAAUUCAAGCUUCAGAGCUGUUUUCGUCCGUCUUGUCUUAAAAAUGGAUAGUGCAGAUGAUGAGGAGUACAUUACGAAAAAGCACAACCCGGAUAUGUCCGAAGAAAAGUGGGAUAAUCGGUGGGAAAAGGCAAAACAGCAAAAACUGGGUGCAAGAGCAGCAGAAUGCAAGAAGCUACUUGAAAGUGUGCCUGAAUAUGAAAGGGAACGAAUUCGAAAGCUUGCUGAAGAUGAUGCGAAGAAAAGAAGACACUGGAAAGAAGGAACGCGACGGGACAGUAGGAGGAAGAAAAACGACGAUGACUCUGAUUCUGAAUCUGAUCAAAAGUCAAGAAGAUCGAAGAGGAAAAGAAGUGAGGAAAGAGAAGGCAGCAGCAAAGCAAAACCGAUUCUCGAUUUGAGAACGAACAGGGAACGAAUGCUCGAUCUACAGAAAAAGGAAGAAGAAGAGGACGAGCCAAUUAAUCCCAAGCUAGUGCGAUCAACAGAGCCAGGAGAAAUCACGAUGCUUCCACGAAAUCACUCAAAUGAAACAGACAUCGACCAAUCUAUCCCUUCCGAAGGGCCUGUUUCUAUGCUUCAAGGAAAAGCCAUCAUUGAAAAGAAACGAAAAGCACCAGGCUGCAACGACGACUGCGGACUCACUUACUCGGAGUAUAAAAAUAUGAUGAUGCGGCCGAAAGACCCGACGCGCAAGAGAAGAUAUCACCAUGUCCGACACGCCGAGUUAGAGAACGCGUAUGGCUUGCGAUUCCCUGCUUGCUUUUUUGCUCUUUAUGAAUUUGCUGUUGAAUGCGAUCCAAUGGAUCCACUUCAUUGCAUGACAAAACUCGGUAUGGUCAUGACCGGUCCCUUCGAAGAGUGGCACAAAAUGAUGCAGGCGAAAGGCUACAGUCCCCCAGCGGCGAAUAUGAUCCAUCGACACAUGAAAAAUCGCUUCUACUUUGCUCCUCCGGAAUUUCAAGUCUGCCUCAUGAAUGUGAAAGACAAAUCAUCACUGGGUUACUGGAGAGAUGAACCGAUGGAAUUGCCGCCUUUUGUCGCUAUGAACAACCAAGAUGAAGGUCGACUUUACGCAGUUGGACCGAAUUUACUCGCUGCUGUCAAGCUCUGGCUUUAUCGAAGAAUCGGGUCAUCUAAUCUUCACACACGUAAAUGCUUCGCGACAGUUACCGAUAUUGCCAUCAAGUGGAAUAUUAUCAUCGAAAGAGUAACCUACGAGUUGCGAGAAAGAGAGACCCGCUGCAACGCUAGAACAUUGAAUACAAUUGGCAUCUGCGUUCCAGUCGUCGAAGAUGCGAAGGGGAACGAAAUUGGCUACCGGCCGCUAGAAGUCGAAGACGCGGAGUUGCGAUCAAUCUGCGACCAGAUUGAAAAAGCUCCAAAUGAUGCUGUUCGCCUCAAGAAAUUUGCGCCACUACAGGAGAUUAUGCAGCGCGUUAAUUUGGCAAACGAUGAGUGCGAUUUUGGAAUGGGCCUUGAAUUCGGGAUUUCGCUCUUUUCCCAUGGAUCGAAGUAUUUUCAUAAGAUGAUAUUGAAGGUAUUACCGAUGGCAUACGAACUGCUGGAUAGAAAAAUAUACGCCGAAAUAAUCAAAGCCCAUAUUGCGGAUCGGCGAAAAACAAUUUGCGACCGACACGAUAUUCUCUCCCCUGCCCAACUUCAAGGACCGCAAGUUGGAACAUUCCGUGUCAUGGAAGAUCUGUCCAUGCCAGUGCCUGUUCCAGCUCCAGUAGAAGAGGCGCCUGCGCAAGAAGAGGUGCCGGAUCCAGACGAUUACAUCUCGAAAAUUCGCUCAAAGGGAGUUUACGCAAAGCAGGAUAAAGUUGCGGGCAAGGAGAAAAAGGCUGGUGGCUCUUCUGACUGGGGCUAG